AUGAAGUUCUACGUUUUAUUAUGUACUAUGUUAUACAUUUCUAUUAUUGCUAUUAAUGCAUUAUCAAUUGCUAAAAUUGAUAAAACUGUAACAGUUAAUGAAUUAAGUCAAAGUGUAUUCGAACUAAAUACGGAAGAUAUUAUUUCGAAGGAGAGAACUAGAAGGAGUGUAAUAAGUGAUGGGAAAUGUCCUUUGGGCUAUAAAAGACUCUCAUCGCAUAUGUUAUGUGUAACUUGUGAAAGUGUGUUUAAGCCAAGAACUGACGGAAUAUUUGUUUCGAAAAGAACUAAAAGAAGUGCUAUACGUGAUGGAAAAUGCCCUAUAGGAUAUAAAACAAUAUUUCUCUCUAAACAAGUGCUGUGUAUUCCUUGUAAACGCUACACCGCCAGUACUGGAAAGCCUUGU